AUGUCGCUGCUCUCGCCUUUCAACUUUGGUCAGAAGCACUCGUACUUCCAUGUGCAGCUCACCAUCCAUGAACUCGACAAUGUGCCUCUCGUCACCGGUCUUUUUGCUUGCAAGUGGAAGAUCAAGGGAUCCCACUCUUUAGCAAGCUUGCAGCACUCGGCUGCUGCUGCCGUCCACCAAGGCACUUCGCGUAUUGUCUCUGGCGCCGCCCGCAAGCCUCCUUCCAUCUCCUCCGCAAAAGAGGCCAACAAGGACGUCAAAGCUACUGAUCAUGAAUCGGGUGCAUCGGGCAGCUUAUCCAAUGGUCAACCUCACGGAAAGGCUCACAAUCAACGGCAACCAAGCACAUCAAGCAGCGCGGAUGCUGCUUCCAUUCCGAGCCGCACCAGUGAAAGUUCGAAUCGUCCCGCUACCAACAAGUCGACUCUCCUCAACAAUCUGCUCCACCCUCUACAGACACAGCACAACGACUCGUCCAAAAUAGAUGACCAAUCGGAAUCGCAAUCAUCCACAAACCCAGCACAUUCGUCAGAUCCAGCCAACAAGGGCAGCACGCACGUCUCGACUGCAUCCAACGCAGAUGCGUCAGAAGCAGACACCUCCAGCCCUACUUCUCGUAGAGACAGCACCACCAGCCGCAAGACAACCAAUUCUCGUCCCAAAUCUCUCAAGGACAUCGGACGUCACAAAUCGUCCGAAUCGCACAAUCACACCCACGAUGUCGAUCCGCUCCUCUUCUUCUCCCAGGAGCCCAAAGGCGAGACCCACUUUGUCAAGGUCGCGGACCACAAGGUGGAAUGGGAGCGUGACGUUCAGGUCGGCAUGCGCAUUGGCAUCGGCAAGCCCAGGACCUCGGGUCCCAAUGACUCGUCUCCGAACAGCAGCCGCCGCGACAGUCCUGCUGUGUCUGCCAAGUCCAGCACCAAGGAUCUGCGUUCACGAGCUAAUCGUGAUCAGCAUCUCGAAGACAUGUCUACCGCUUGGGGUCGCCUGAUCAAUUCAGAACUCAAGCUGACCAUCAGGCAAGAGAUGCCAGCCAACGCAAAAUCAACCACUCACCCUUCUGUGCUGGGCCAUGUCAUUCUCGACCUCGCCGAGUUUGCACCCGAAGCGCCCAUCCCGAGUUCGAGCGGACGCCGUCGCCAUCAUCACCACCACCAUCACCACCAUCAACAACACCACCGGCACCACGCAGCAGGUGGCGAGCACUCGUAUCGUGAUCGCACUUGUCGUACUGAAACACGCAAGUUCCUGCUGAAUGGCAGCAAGACCAAUGCGACGGUCAAGCUCACCGUAAGCAUGACCUUUCUCGGCGGAGAGAGGGAAUACUAUGUUCCACCCAUCUCCAACGGCCUCAUGGUCAACGGCUUGAGGUCGAUCAUGGCUCCUUCGCUGCUCGAUGCUAGUCACGACACCGCCACAGCUGCAUCUCCCAGCAAGUCGUCAUCCUCAGGCAAUGUCAGUUCCAACAGCAGCGACAGUCUCGCAAAUGAGCCGAUUCGCGCCAACGCUUCCAUCCGCAACCGAGAGCUCAUGGGUCAAGGCUUGCCUAGUGCCAGUAGUCUCUCUCUUAAUCGCCUCAACUCAUAUGGUCAAUCACGGCACAACUUCCAGGGUCCACCAAGCAAGUACGUCUAUACCAAAAAGACGUGGACGAACCGCAUCCCGGAGGACAACCUGGUCGCUCCCGACAAGGUCGCUUCUGGUUCUGAAGGUGCCAAGAAGAAACCGCACCGCACGGCAGAGGCGUCUAUCUUUUCGGCUCGGAAUCAGGGGGAUCGUGCACCUGAGGACUUGGUCGAUGCCAUCUUCAAGGGCAUUCCUGUCGGCGGCAGUCACAACGGUCUCGCGCAGGACGAAGCUGCUGCUGCCAAGGCCGCUGCCGCCCGCGGUGGUAGAGGCGAGCAUGCUGCCAACGCAACCGACUCGCUGGAUGGACAGUUGCGACGUCGGGCGAGCCGAUCUCCCGAACGGACUCGCGAUCGUCGCCGCACCAUCAGCUCUGCCUCUCAGCGUCCCAAGAAGCCCGAGCGCACUUUCUCUUUCGGCUUGGGAUUCUCGUCGAAGGACAAGGACAAGGGAAAAGACAAGGCCAAAGACAAGAAGUGCGGCAUCAAGAACAACAAGAGCGGCUCCACCACUGACCUGGAGAGUCUGGCUGGAGACAGGCCACGGAGCACUCAUCUUACUGUCCCCGGUUCUGACACUGGCAAGCCGCUAGUCGAGUCACCGUCCGCUUCGACAGACGCCCUCCAGCGGACCAACAGCGAAGCAGCCAUCCCCACAAGGCCCCGGGCUGUAUCACGCUCGUCGUUCCGACGCUUCUCGGCUGUGCGAUGGAAGCUGGGCGGCGAUGAGCCAGACGAGCCAGAUCCGUCAUCGCAAGACACCACCCCAGUGGCCGAGACCUUCGAUAGCAAGGAGCAACGCGAUCGAGCUGCCAUGCCUCCGCCACCCUCGGUCGUCGUAGCACCUCAUAUUCCGAUUCGAGCCGCCGGAAUCGCUGCCUCGUCCGUCGCUGCUCUUCACAAGACCGAAGCUGAGACCAAUGGCCUCAAGGAGGGACCUGCCACGGACACGGAGAUCAAAGCAGCCGAGGCGCCUGGCAAGGCGAUGCUUUCGCCACCAAUCGUCUCGACAUCUGCGGAUCCAGCAUCGUCAAAGGCAGCUUCGAUCAAAGGUGCUGACGCUGCCAGCAUCCGGUCUUUCUCGUCUACAACGAGCGCUGCAGGUCCUGGAAAGAAAGUCAGCUCCAACGACCUCAAGUCUGUCUACGAGGCUGGGCUCUCGAUCCCUCAGAGUCUGUCGAACAGCACCUCUGUGGGUCUGGACCGGCUCAAACGAACCAGCCGAGCGAUUGGGCAAUUCGCCAAAGACGCCGCGAGAUCGACCCGGUCGGCAUCUCGACCUAGCUCGAGCUCGGGCGCGGUGCCCCUGCGCGACAGCGAAGGUGUCUCUGGCCGUGAGAGGCUGUCGAAGGGCAACCACGGUAUCGAGCCGUCCGAAGCUGCUUCAAAAGGCUGGCGAGGUGCCGGUUGGCUCAGACCUAUCUCGACGGCGCCUGCUCCCCUUCCGCCUUGCUCGCCCGAUCUGUCGUCGGGCUCAGAGGAUGGCGAAUUCGAGGAUACGGACGACCUGAAUGCAUCAGUGGAUCUUGCCGCUUCUCGCAGCUCGAACAAUUCGGAGGAUGGUCGUCGAUCCUCCAAUACUGACCAGACGGUCAUGUCGGACACCAUCGACACGCCUCCUGCCACUAAAUACGGAAGCGUCAGACCGUCGCGUAAGAGAGAGCCUUCCAUCGCAUCGGUGUAUCACGAUGCGGAUGAGACGCCAGAUCUGGUCGGCACAGAAGCGUUCUGA